CACGUGAUCUUUUUUUGAGUCAUAUGACCAGGUUUUUGUGCUAAGUACACGCUUGUAAAUUGUAGGUCGUUGAUUACGUUCCGUCACGAUGAAGUUUUUACUUGUACUCUCUGUUUUAGUUUCGGUGUGUUGUGCUGCUGAUUUACUGGGUGUUGAUAAAUGCACUCGGGGUCCAUCAUAUUGGUGCAGUCACAUCAGAGCAGCCAAAGAAUGUGGUGCAGUUAAACAUUGCAAAGAUAACGUCUGGUCAAUGAAAUACCAAAAAGAGAAUGAUGAAGUGUGUGAUUUUUGCAAGGAAGUUAUUGUAACUGUACGUAACCUGAUCGCUAAUAAUGCCACAGAACAACAAAUAACUGGUUUUCUGAAGUCGGCAUGUGAUCUUAUUACUGAUGCAGAACUCAAACUCAUGUGUAAUACGGCCGUAACUGAGUAUGCCCAGGAACUAUUUGACCUGAUUAUCAGUGAGUUGGACCCUGAAGUUGUCUGCACAGCAAUGGGACUUUGUCAGCCUGCAAUGUCUAAUAAGAUGCCAGACAUGAAACCAAUACUCAAGAAAGUACCAAAUGCAGAUUUAUGCACCGAAUGUAAGACUGUUAUUACUGAAGCAAAGCAAGCACUUGCUGAUAACAAAACACGAGAGGAGAUCUUAGAAGUCUUGGAACAAUUGUGUCAACAGUUGGGCCCGUUUGAAGCUGAAUGCGAUGACUUCAUGAAACAGUACAUCCCUCAGUUACUGGAUUUGCUCGAAGCUCAAUUGGAUCCUGAAGUAAUCUGCCAAGCUCUAGGAUUUUGUUCAAGUGUGAUGAAAAAGAAAUUAAUCUUACCAAGUAUUGAACUAACACCCGCCAAGAAAAUGAAGAAUGUAGAUGCUUCUGUUCAGUGCAUUGUCUGUGAGUUCGCCAUGCAAGAAAUUGAUAAACUCAUUACUCAGAAUUCCUCAGCUUCUGAAAUCAUUUCUGUUGUUGACAAAGUUUGUGAGAUUUUGCCGUCUACUAUACGUGGUGAAUGCAAGAGUUUCGUUGAUGAGUACGGACCCGCCAUCAUUCAGUUACUUGUACAAGAAGUAUCACCUGAUAAAAUAUGCUCCAUGUUGAAACUGUGUAUGGCUGUUACUCUUAAAGCAGAUACCGAGUGUAACCUUUGUAAAUUGGUAAUUCAGUAUGCUGACAGUGUAUUAAUUAAGAAUUUAACUCAACAAGAGAUUAUUAAAGGUCUUCAUGAUUUCUGCAAUGUCCUGCCAGACAAUCUGAAAAGCCAGUUAUUAGGUUUGUGCGGCACCACUCAGACUAAGCAAAUGAACAUGAUUUCUUAUUGGCUACAAGUAUUAGUCAAAAUUCUGGAAAAAUUAUGA